CUGGUCAGUGUUCGGCGGCAGCGAGGCGAGGCAGUCGUCACCCCGGCAGGAGCCAUGCAGAACCAGCGGGAGUUCCUGGGCAGGGCGGAAGACUUUGCAGACCAAUUUCUACGGUACAGCAAGAACUACCUGCCCCAUGUGGCGCGGCUGUGUUUGGUCAGCACAUUCCUUGAGGAUGGACUUCGCAUGUGGUGGCAGUGGCACGAGCAGCGUGAAUACAUGGACAUAUCAUGGGGCUGUGGCUACUUUCUGGCCACCUUCUUUGUGCUGGUGAACCUAAUUGGCCAACUGGGAGGGGUGUUCAUGGUGCUCUUCCGCAAGAAGGUGGAAGUAGCAUGUGGACUAUUACUCUUCAUUGUGAUCCUGCAGACUGUUGCUUACCAAAUACUGUGGGAUCUGCAGUUCCUGUUUCGUAACCUGGCACUGGUCGGUGGUCUUGCUCUAGUAUUAGCAGAAAGCAAGAAGGAGGCACGUUCAAUUUUUGCUGGUGUUCCCUCUCUAGGGGAAAACAAGCCCAAGACCUAUCUUAUGCUGGGGGGACGAAUCCUGCUCGUGUUCAUGUUUCUUACCCUGGUCAGAUUUGAAUUCUCCGUGAUGCAGAUAUUCCAAAUAGUCAUUGGUGGCUUGCUAAUGGCUCUGGUAGCAGUGGGUUACAAGACCAAGCUAAGUGCAUUUCUGCUGGUGCUGUGGCUGACUGUUUUCAACAUUUAUGUCAAUGCCUGGUGGAGCAUUCCCUCCUACAAGCCAAUGAGGGACUUCCUCAAAUAUGACUUUUUCCAGCUUUGAGAAGAUGUCCGCUAGACAUCCCACCUCUUCUCACCUUCCAAUGAAUGGAGGCCCUUUGACCUCAACACCCAUCAAGGGCAUCAAGAAGGCCUGGAAGUUAAGUUUUUUGGAGUGUGUUUCACAUAAACUGUAUAAAAGUUAUGCUUUUUAUUACUAAAUAAGGGUAGGCGGUGGCUGAGUGGUAGUGUGCUGGGCCCACAUUCACUGCGUGAUGGACAACGCGGGUUCGAAUCCCCACGCUACAACCUCGGAUUUUUCAGUCACCAUUGAGUGGCUUAAAACUACCCACAUGCUGUCCUGAAGACCACCCAUCAACCCAGACUCUAGAGGAAAUCGUCCAAGUGAAUCAAAAACGAGUAACAGGGGGCAGCAUGAGCCAAGAGAAAAUGGCGCCACUAUAAACACUUGCCUGUGCCAUGACGGGCUGGGGCCGACUACCAUCCAGGCCCCUCAAGAGAGCCUACUGGCGCUAUAGGUGUACACGUAAAAAAAUAUAUAUAUAUAUAUAUAUAUAUAUAUAUAUAUAUAUAUAUAUAUAUAUAUAUAUAUAUAUAUAUAAAAGGGAAGUCCACUAGGUGUGGAAAACUGUUUAUACUCUAUAAUAAUGUGCUUUCAAUGAUCAAACUUCAGUAUUCCUAUUCGCUCUACCAAUGGUCAUAUAGUCUUCAGCUUAAUGUCAAAGGACAGAUAAGGGUAUGUACUUUACAAUGAUACUUCAUUCAGUCACAUAAGUUAAGUAGGAAUGAAGAUAUGAGGACUCCCGAGCUCAAGGGGCGUAUGCGCCACCAAGCUCAAAUUUGAGUUAGCAUUGGUUUCCGCUAGGUGAAAGCACCUUCUACCCAAGUGUGAAAGUGAAUCAAGCGAUUUCUAACUUUUAGGCCCCUUAACCAUACGGGUUAUUGUCAAGAAUUUUUACAUGCGUUGAUCAAGAGGAGGUACACAAUCUCCAUGGUGUAGGGGUGUACAGUCCUGAGGCAGCCGGCCAAUAGGCGUGCGGCUAUGGUCCCACGUGUUUACAUCCUAGCGCUCAGCCAAUCACAGCCAAGUUACUAUGCCGCGUCAUUAGACACGCCACCGGCAUUCUGUCAGGACGCACCAGCUGUUACAUGAAAAAAAAACAAAAAACAAUGUAAAACAGUGAUUUAUUAUUGGAGUUUUGCUCUGAAAUUUUUACUGUGUAAUAGAUACAUUACAUACAUUUACCCUACCAAGUUAAAUAAAAUUGGAUAAUACACAUGCUUAUUAAAUAAAACACUGUUUGGUUUGUCGUGGUGUUUUAUCAAUAAAAUAUAUUGUGAUGAAAAAACACACACCAUGUUAUUACUUAUUAAUAAGCCUUAGUUUUGAUAUACAACAAUUAUUAUUUUUAUUAUUGUCUUAAUAAAACACAGUUAAACAUGAACACCAAAAAAAAAAACAUAAAACACGUAAUAAUCAGAAUAUUGAUCUGAAACUUUCAGGGAUUAUUGGUUACAUUACAUACGAUUGCUCUACCAAGUUUCAAUAAAUUGGAUAAUAAACACUCGUACAUAAAAUAAACAUGUGGUGUUUGAGUGUGUUUUUUAUAAUUAUAGCCAGAUUUUCACACAAAACACCUACCGUAUUUCGUGGCGUCCAAUGCACACCUUUUUCACAUAAAAAAUGCCUGAAAGUUUACCCCUGCACGUUAUACGGCGAAGGUACAAAUUUUUAUUGAUUUUUUUCCUUGGGGUUUUAAUUUUUUUUUCGUCUUGUCCAAUAACUACUGCUAACUUACCUUUAUUAUUGUUUAUGAUCCUUUGUAGUCCAUACCUGUCUUAUAAUAUGUUACCGUAGAAUACAGGGCGAUCAAAUAACUACUAUACAAAAAUGAAAUCGGUGGAGGAUCGCCCAUGCCUUGUUGUUAUAACGCUUUUCUGUUGGGCGCCGACACGACCCGGCUGCCAUUAGUAUUGCUUUGUAUGACUAAGGAGCACUGUUGCCAAUUUGAGCAUUAAGCUACAUAAAAAAAUAUGUUGGAAAAAAAAUAUCCAUGUGUUCAUUAUUAAUUAUUAAUAUUAGUGAGAAUAAUGGGGUAAAUAUGAUAUCAGAAACUGUACAUCAUCAGUCUCGUACAAGGAGUUAUUUCGCGCAACACCAGCCCGGCUAACAUUUGCAUCGUUUGAAAACCACACAACCACACCCAUAUGACAAACAGCUACAUGCCGCGUGUCACCAAAACUGUGUGAAUUGUAUCUUGCCUAGUUGUCUGUCAUAACCUAUACGUAUGUAGUAUACGUAUGGAGUUUGCAUCUCACGUGUGAGGGGGCUCCACUCACACAGCUCUAUUGGACAGAGUGGAGUCUAAGGCUUUUUGUCUCAUCAGCUCUCCUCCUCUUACUGAUAGUCUUCUACCUCUUAAAUUCCGUUGCGAUGUUGCCUCUCUUUCUAUCUUCUAUUGAUAUUUUCACGCUAACUGCUCUUCUGAACUUGCUAACUGCAUGCCUCCCCCCCUCCCGCAGCCUCACCUCACACGACUUUCUAAUCAAGCUCAUCCCUAUACUUUCCAAACCCCUUAUGCAAGAGUUAACCAGCAUCUUCACUCUUUCAUCCCUCAUGCUGGUAAACUGUGGAACAAUCUUCCUUCAUCUGUAUUUCCUCCUGCCUACGACUUGAACUCUUUCAAGAGGAGGGUAUCAGGACACCUCUCCUCCCGAAAUUGACCUCUCUUUUUGGCCACUCCUGUGUACUCUAUUUGGGAGCAGUAAGUAGCAGGCUUGUUUUUCAAUAUUGGUUCCUUUUUUUUCCAUGCCCUUGAACUGUCUCCUUUUCUGUUCAAAAAAAAAAAAAAAAAAAGUGAUGGUGAGAAUAAUAUGCUAAUUAUGAUAUCAGUAUGCAUGAGGAGAUAUUUCACACAGCACCAGCCCGGCUGCCAUUUGCAUUGUUUGAAAGCCACACAACCACACCCAUAUAGCAAACAGCUGCAUGCCACGUGUCACCAGAACUGUGUGAAUUGUGUCUUGCCUAGUUGUCUGUCAUAACCUAUGAGUGUUGGUGAGAACAAUAUGCUAAUUAUGAUCUCAGAAGCUGUGCAUCAUCAGUAUGUUUACGGGGAUGUAUUUCUCACAACAUCAACCCAACCGCCAUUUUCAUUGCUUUACUCAAGCACAGUUGUCAGUUCAAGCAGUACAGGUUACACCAAAAAUAUAUAAAUUUCGGGAAACUGUACAUCGUCAAAGUUCUUUAACCGUACAUAUUUCUGAGCAUUUUAAGAACUUUUUUUAUUUCCAAAAUUGUUUUCUUAAAGUUUGGGGUGGGCCUUAUACACUGUGAAAUAUGGUACAUCACUGAAUUUGUCUCCUCGAGACCUUUAUUUUGAUGUAUCAUAAUAUUAGUUUGUGUGUUUUUCAUUGUGUAAACUAUGUUUGACUUUGGAAGCCUUUUACUCGUAAUUAACUUACGUGCUGGUGCAUAUGCCCCCUUGAGCUCGGGGGUCCUCAUAUAAAAGGUUGAAAUGAGAUAUGUUUUUGCCUGAAUAUGCCUGCGUGGGAGGACAGGCACGGCAAAACAAGCCCGCACUUUAAGGGUUAAUAAUCUCAGGGUUUAAAAGUGUUGUAUUUUAUGACAGUUUUAUUAAAAAGAUCAGUUGAAAGUAAUAUUGCACAUGAAACUUUUAGCAGUCAAAAAGAUGAGAAAAUAUAACAUGUGCUUUUAACAGAUGUAUUUAUUUUUGUUGUGGCAUUACACCAGUUAUGGCCCUGUCACACUACGACGUGUUGUACGACGUAUGAGCUGUGUGCUGAUUUUGGCCAGCCCGUCAGUGCACGUCGAACUUUUUGCCUUCUCUAGCAAGUGUAUACCGAGCCCAUAGCGUGUGAGCUGCGAAUGUCCAGCAUGGUACAGCAUGUUGCGUCGAGUUAAGUGAUUUCCCAAUGCUUUUUUGUCGAUGAUGGCCUGGCAGACUUCCCACACAAUCACGGAGAUGGUGUUGUGCGGGACCCUCCACGAGAACUUCAACGACGAGUAUUUUUGUCCGGAGGCAAGGUGGCGGAGAGUGAGGGCCAGCUUCAGUCCAGGCUCCAGCAGAUCAUGGAAUCAGAGGUGUAGCUAGGGUUUUCAGCGCCCGGGGACAAAGUCAGUUUUUGCGCCCACUCCUGGCCACCUUGUGACAAAGUAUGAACCAUAAAGGGGUCUGUUAUGGUUUCCCAAAAAAUUUAUAGUUUUAGAACAUGGAAAACCUACAUCUUGUGGCAUACUUUUACGGUAUGAAGUGGAUGAAUAAAGUAGAAUAAUUAAGACAACAAUAGUAAUUUGAAUUUCUCAUUCAAGAAUAAAUCGACUUCCAAGUUUAGUUAGACCGCAUUGAGAACAUGCCGAAAUAGUGAUGGAGUGAGUGAGUGGUCGUGGUCGUGAUCGUGAUCGGAUGUGUGUUGCGUCACGAGGAAAGUGCUGUGUUGACAUGGCUGGCAGGGCCAAGGGCCUGAGGGAUUUGUGUCACGUUUUGCGAGGAUAAUUGGGCAAAAAUAAAUCAAAGGAGUGCAAUAUGGCUGAGAAGAAAUCUAUAAAUUGUGUGUGAUACAAGAAGUCUGAAAUCUAACACUAUGUGAAUGACCAGUGUUGUGUAGUUUUUCAAACCGAAAUUGCGAGAAUUCGUAACAUAACCAGUCAUGGCUAUUGAUUAGUGUUUAUACUCAAAGACAGAUUGUGUUAAAUGUUCAAGGAGUUGGAAAUAUUGUAGUGCCCAAACACGGCCAAGUGUCUAUGAUGAUGCCAAGUUUAUUAAAAGGACAGCAGUAUCCUAUUCAUGAAAGCAAUCAAGACUCACUCACUCACUACAACGUUUUGAAUAAGUGUAUCGAGGAUUAUUAUCAAGCUAGCAUCGUAAUUGUUGACGGCCCUCACAGAGCACUACACUAGUAGUAGGGUGGGUCCUGAAACCUCAUCAAUGGUAACGGAACAGUUUUGGUAUCCCCACCAUGCAAGGGAUGUUGCAAAGUUUGAAGGUGGGCAAUGGAGUGUAAGAAAGAUGAUCUCUUCCAUAAAGCAACAAACCUUACGACGACAGGCUCUCAUCCCCUAGGCCGUUCUCUCUUGAAAAUCAUCGCCUCUGAGGAAACUCAUCGAAUAUCGAAAUACCCAAUGGGUUACAAUAUGAAUGUGAAUGAACCCAAAUUGUUUUUGAUCACUGCCAUAUGUCCGAACGUGAAAUAAUGGCACGGCACAAAACUGUAACCAAAGAAAGCCAGACUGCACUGAAUUUUACCCACCAGCAUUGUAGCGCAAGAAUAUCUGCCCUCUCCUUUCACUUGAUACUCACUCAAGUCAGAAUGCAAAGACUUGGUGACAUUGAAUGCUUUAGGAUUCCUCUUCGGUUUAAGGACAGACCACUUAGUUUGGACCAUGGGGUCUGUGUGAUCUGAAUAUCUACACCAUCAGAGACAUUCUUCUUGGCUAGAUGGUGCUGCUUGGAAUGCUUGGUAGGCGGGUAAAAGGGGUAACUGCACCUAUAACAUUACAGAUGUUUUGAAUUUCGAGAGGAGACCAGGGGUCAUCGAUGAACUCCUCUUGACAGAAAGUCACAGCAUCAAAGCGCUGUAGCUUUAAGGGAGAAACAAGAACAGUGAGGGGCCAGCCGAGGCUCACAAGAGUUCCUCACCGCCUCCAGUGCAAGGUGUGACGCCAAGUUUCUGGCCAAGACAACUAGGACUAUGUUGAACGGACUUCGUCAGCCACACAACAAGAGAAAGCAAAGGGUUUGUCUUGCCUGUGGUGCUGGUUGUGCUGACCAUCAAGUGACCAUCGAGCGCAGCGGUGGUGCUGGGCAGUAGUGAAACCAAAUAUCCCCGGCCAAAAGUGGCGAGACAGCGGUAAGGGGAUACAUAACGCGACAUGGGCGAGAUGAGUUAUUCCUUCUUCACACAAGGACGCAUCUCCGUAACAAAAUUAAUAACUGAUCAUGUUGGAGCUUAAUCAAUGGGAAGUGCAUUUAAAAGGGGAAAACAUAUAAUUAUGAAAUUCGAUCGUAAUUAUGUAACAUCAAUUUGCCCCCAGUUGCUGUGCCUGGGGGCAGAUGUCCCCCCUUGCCUCCCCCUAGCUACGCCACUGCAGGGAAUGCAGUGUACCUCUUUGUUAUCCUGGGACCCACACGUUCAAGCAAUUCAUCAAACGUCGCUGGUGGCAUUUGCAGGAAAUUGAUGAAUGAAGUCUGGUCCUCGGCACCGAGGAUGUUUAGUGUUGAAGAAGGUGAUAGCUGAGUGUUGUCAAAGAAUAGGGGAUAGUUGUUUGGAAGAUUGUGUCUAGUGGAUAGGUGGAGAAACUGUGUUUUUGAGGUGUUGAAGGACACCAGGUUCCUCUUGCCCCAAUCGGAAAUAAUAGUAAGGUCUUAGGCUAAGCGUUCUGUUGCCUCCAGCCUUGAAUCGUUAAGUUCCUGUAGGGUGGGUCUUCUAUUAAAAGAAGUUGAGUAAUGCAGAGUAGAGUCAUCGGCGUAAGAAUGGAUAGGACAGUUCAUUUUGGAAAGAUCGUCAAUGAACAACAGAAAGAGAGUGGGAGAUAGGACAGAACCCUGUGGGACACCACUGUUAAUAGAUUUAGGGGGAAGAACAGUGACCGUCUACCACAGCAGAAAUAGAACGGUCAGAAAGGAAACUGGAGAUAAAGGUACAGAGAGAAGGAUAGAAACCGUAGGAGGGUAGUUUGGAGAGCAAAGAUUUGUGCCAGACCCUAUCAAAAGCUUUUGAUAUGUCCAGCGCAAUAGCAAAGGUUUCACUGAAACGGCUAAGAGAGGAUGACCAAGAGUCAGAUAGGAAGGCAAGGAGAUCACCAGUAGAACGCCCCUUGCGGAACCCAUAUUGGCGAUCAGAUAGAAGGUCAUAAGUGUAAAGGUGCUUUUGAAUCUUCCAGUUAAGGAUUGAUUCAAAAGCUUUAGAUAGACGAGAAAGUAAAGCUAUAGGACGGUAGUUUGAGGGAUUGGAGCGGUCACCCUUCUUAGGCACAGGCUGUAUGAAGGCAUACUUCCAGCAGGAAGGAAAAGUAGAUGUUGACAGGCAGAGGCGAAAGAGUUUGACCAGGCAGGGUGACAGCACGGAGGCACAGUUUUUAAGGACAAUAGGAGGCACUCCAUCAGGUCCAUAAGCCCUCUGAGGAUUGAGGCCAGAGAGGGCAUAGAAAACAUCAUUUUGAAGAAUCUUUAUAACAGGCAUAAAAGAGGCAGAGGGGGGAUGAGUAGGAGGAAUAUGCCCAGAAUCAUCCAGAGUGGAGUUUUUAGAAAAAGUUUGAGAGAAGAGUUCAGCCUUAGAGAUAGAUGAGACGGCAGUGUUGCUGUCAGGACCGAGGAGUGGAGGGAAAGAUGAAGAAGUGUUGGAGAUUUUUUUGGCUAGAUGCCAGAAGUCACGGGAAGAGUUAGAGAAAGCAAGGUCUUGGCAUUUUCUAUUAAUGAAAGAGUUUUUGGUUUUUAUAUAUAUAUAUAUAUAUAUAUAUAUAUAUAUAUAUAUAUAUAUAUAUAUAUAUAUAUAUAUCUCUAUAUAUAUAUAUAUAUCUAUAUAUAUAU